AUGCGCGAGUCGCAUACCGUGGAAGAACAGCUCGCUGUAGGACUUGAAAUCAAACCGUCCACUCCAGUACCUGCUCCUACCACAAGUGGAGGCACAUCGGUUGUAACGACAACAUCACAAUGUUCAUCUCUUUCUGAUACUGCUAGCCUAUCAACAACAAUGGCCUCACUUGUGGAUCAGGAGGUAUAA